UUUUUUUUGAGCACGUGAUAUAAAAUAUAUAUUGUGAAAAAUGCAUUUGCCCACUGGACCCACCCUAGUGGCCAAUACGUCCGCCCACACGCAGGUCCUGGCCGCAGCGGCAGCAGCAGCGGCGGCAGCAGCGGCUGCCACAAAUGUUAGCCAAGGCAACAUAAGCACACACUCGGCCAGCAGCACGGGCAGCUCCACGCCGGACAACAGCCACCACAACAGCAGCAGCAGCAACAACAACAACAGCAGCAGCAGCAAUAGCGCGAAAAUGCCAAGCUCGAUGACGGACAUGUUUGCCAGCCUGCACGAAAUGCUGCAGGAAUACCACGGCGAAUUGGCGCAAACCGGCUCGCCGUCGAUCCUGUGCAGCGCUCUGCCCAACCAUUGGCGCUCCAACAAAUCGCUGCCGGGCGCAUUCAAGGUGAUCGCACUGGACGAUGUGCCCGAUGGCACGCUCGUCUCGAUCAAGUGCGGCAACGACGAGAACUACUGCGGCGAGCUGCGCAACUGCACCACAACGAUGAAGAAUCAGGUGGCCAAAUUCAACGAUCUGCGCUUCGUCGGUCGCUCCGGCCGCGGCAAAUCCUUCACGCUGACCAUCACAAUCGCCACGUAUCCGGUGCAGAUAGCCAGCUACAGCAAGGCCAUCAAAGUAACGGUCGACGGGCCGCGGGAGCCAAGAAGUAAGCAAAGCUAUGGCUAUCCACAUCCCGGCGCGUUCAAUCCAUUUAUGCUGAAUCCUGCUUGGCUGGAUGCUGCGUACAUGACGUACGGCUAUGCGGAUUACUUCCGCCAUCAGCAGGCAGCCGCUGCUGCAGUGCAUCAUCCGGCCUUGUCGAAGGCAGCCACCUCGCCCAAUGGCAGCAAUAGCGGCGUCAUUUCGCCGGGAGCUGCAGGUGGUGCCGCUGUGCCCAGCGCCGCCGCUGCCGCUGACUAUCCACAGGCGCCGUCUGGCGUGGGCGCAGUGCCGCCCGCCUCCAUGAUGCCCUCGCCGCCGGGUGGCCCGCCAGCGUCGGCGUACGCGAUGCCACAGUUUCCGUUCAAUCAUGUGGCCGCCGCAGCUGCCGCCGCCGCGCAUCAGAAUCAAAAGGCCACGCCGCACGCUUUCCAUCCGUACAACUUUGCGGCUGCGGCUGGCUUGAGGGCGCGCAAUGCCGCCGCCGCUGCACUGCACCAUGGCGGUCUAAGUGCUGUAGAUGCGUCGCACAUGAGUCCAGCGUCGUCGCGCCCAUCGAGCUCCUCGCCCACGCCCACGCCCACAUCCAUGCCCCAUGUGCUGCUCAAGCUGAACACCUCCAUCGAAACGAGCUCCAUACACGAACAGUCCGCCUCCGAUGCAGACUCCGACGACGAACAGAUCGACGUGGUGAAGUCCGAGUACGAGCUGGACAAGUCCAUCGAUUCGACGCGCAGCUCGCCCACCCAGCAAAUCUCUGUGCCGCUGCGUAUGCGCUGCGAUCUCAAAGCUCCCUCCGCCCUGAAGCCACUCUACCAUGAGACGGCAGCAGCGGCGGCGGCGGCGGCUGCGGUGGCUGCUGUGACUGCUCCGCGCCAGGCAUCGCCAGAGACGACGCUGCCGGCGGCAACUAAGCUCAAGAAUGCCGUCGUCCAGCAGAAGACCGUGUGGCGGCCAUAUUGAGCAGCAGCAGCAGCAGCAGCACUCACACACACACACACACACACACAGCGUGAUAUGGAGCAGGAUGCAGAAAGCAGGCGCAGAGCGGCAGCAACAUUGUGAUAUAGUCAUAUAAGUUAGACACGUGCACACAGCAGAGCACAGCACAAACGAGGAAGAAGCAGAUGAAACAGCUCCGGCCGGCAAACGGAGCAGGAGCAGGAGCAGCACCUGAAGGAUAUAUUGGGGAAA